AUGACGACGCCCGCCAUCCGCAUCCCCUUCACAGGCCCGCUGCCGCCCGCCAUCAUCGUCCCUCCGUCCGCGAGCACCCUUGCCGGAGCCAUCGAUGCCAUUUCUGCCUUCCUGACGGCCUCGCCCUCCCCCCAUCUCCGGGGUGUCGAUGUUGGCCGGUAUUCACAGACCGUCCUGCUGACUGGCGCCGGCAUCUCCGUUGCAUCCGGCCUAUCAGACUAUCGAGGCGAGAAUGGCACCUACCGCAGAAACCAGUCCUACCGACCGAUCUAUUAUCAUGAAUUUAUCUCCCGCCAUGAGUCGCGCAAACGCUACUGGGCGCGCAGCUUCGUCGGCUGGCCGGGGCUCGUAAAGGCGCGCCCAAACUCGACGCACUGGGCCAUCCGCGACCUCGGGGCCAAGGGAUAUCUCAGCUCGGUAGUGACGCAGAACGUCGACUCGUUCCACUCUCUUGCGCACCCGGAACUGUCGACUAUUGAGCUACAUGGGUACCUCCGGUCGGUCGUUUGUACGAGCUGCCGCAAUCAAUUCCCGCGUGCUGACUUCCAGGCUUCUCUGGAGAAGCUGAACCCGGCAUGGGCGGAAUUUCUCGCGCGCGUGGUGGCAUCGGGUGCACUUGACACAGAAAACCCGGAGGAGCAGAGGCAGAAGGGCCUGAAGCUCAAUCCCGAUGGCGAUGUCGAUCUCGCCGAGGCACCGUAUUCGACCUUCCGCUAUCCCUCCUGCCCGACCUGUCUGACAGACCCUCCUAGACUGAAGGAUGGGACCCGAGCUCACGUCGAGGUGGAAAGCGAUGGGGCCUGGAUGCCGACGUCCAACGCCGGGAUCCUGAAACCCGCGGUGAUCAUGUUUGGCGAGAACAUCGAUCCGGCGGUUAAAACCGCGGCCGAGGAGGCGAUUGACGAUGCCGGACGCCUACUGGUGGUCGGGAGCAGUCUGGCCACCUACUCGGCGUGGCGCUUGGUGGAGCGAGCUCGAUCUCAGGGCAUGCCCAUUUCCAUCAUCAAUGUCGGCGGCGUCCGGAAUGAAGCAGUGCUGUUUGCGCAAGAGGGCCAUGCCAAUGUGCGGUGCAGCCAUCCAUCGCAGAGCAUCUUGCCGCAUGUAGUCGAUCGACUUGUGAAUAUCACAUAG